CUAAAGCUCAAGUCAGUUUGUGAGGCGAGCUGAAAAUGAGAGGUCCUGUACAAAUCGUCAGCUUUUCCUGCUUCCUGUUUUCUGUUACCUUUGUGCAAGGUCAAGAAUGUCUUGGAGAGGACAUUACUUAUGAAAACACACAACCAGUUGUAAAUGUUUCAUACGCUGAUGGUGAAACAGUAGACGUGAACUGCAUGACAGGUUAUAUCGGCUUUUAUAAGUUAAAGUGUAAAAAUGGGCAAUGGCUGACGUUCAUUGCACGAAGAUGCUCAAAGAAAAAAUGUGGUCACCCAGAGGAAACACCAAAUGGUUAUUUUAAACUUAUAGAGGGGAGAGAUUAUACUUAUGGAGCAACAGUGGAGUAUACUUGCAAGACAGGGUAUGAAAUGACAAGCAGAAUCAAUCACCGUACCUGCAGAGCUCAAGGAUGGGACAACGCCGUCCCUGUCUGUGAGGGAUGUCUUCGAGAGGACAUUAAAUAUGAAAACACAGAACCAGUUGAGAAAGCUUCAUACGCUGAUGGUGAAACAGUGAGAGUGAACUGCAUAACAGGUUAUACUGGCUUGUAUAGAUUAAACUGUGAAAAAGGAGAAUGGAAAAAAUCCAUUGAGCGACCAUGUGCAAAGAGAAGAUGUAGUCAUCCGGGCGACACACCAAAUGGUGAUUUUAAACUUAUAGAGGGGACAGAGUACGUUUUUGGAACAACAGUUGUGUAUAAUUGCAAGAAAGGGUAUGAAAUGGCAAGCAGAAUCAAUCACCGUACCUGCAGAGCUCAAGGAUGGGACAACGCCGUCCCUGUCUGUGAGGGAUGUCUUCGAGAGGACAUUAAAUAUGAAAACACAGAACCAGUUGAGAAAGCUUCAUACGCUGAUGGUGAAACAGUGAGAGUGAACUGCAUAACAGGUUAUACUGGCUUGUAUAGAUUAAAGUGUGAAAAAGGAGAAUGGAAAAAAUCCAUUGAGCGACCAUGUGCAAAGAGAAGAUGUAGUCAUCCAGGCGACACACCAAAUGGUGAUUUUAAACUUAUAGAGGGGACAGAGUACGUUUUUGGAACAACAGUUGUGUAUAAUUGCAAGAAAGGGUAUGAAAUGGCAAGCAGAAUCAAUCACCGUACCUGCAGAGCUCAAGGAUGGGACAACGUCGUUCCUGUCUGUGAGGAAGUAACCUGUGAGCUGAAGUCAACCACAUAUGGAGUAAAAAAGAUCAAGCCUGCGGGAACAACUAUUUUCAGAGCUGGAGAAAGUGUGGAGAUCACCUGCUCUGAAAAACACUGGUUCUUUGGUACAAAAGUAACGAGCAGAUCAUUUACAUGCAAAGAUAAUGGAGAGUGGGACUAUGAGCCUGUUUGUGCAGAGAUUACAUGUGAAACUCCAUAUGACCAGCAUGUGUAUUACCCAUCCUAUUACUUCAGCGGAGAUAAGAAACUGGGAGCAAUAAAAUCGUACAGUUGUGAGUCUGGAUAUCGUAAAACAGCAGAAGAGGUCACAUGCACACGAGACGGAUGGACACCAAAACCACUGUGUGCUGAAAUAAUGUGUGCAGUGCCUAAAAUCCUAAAUGCGGAGACUGUAGGACAUUGGCAACCACACUACAGAAUCAAUUCAAGAAUACAAUAUAAAUGUCAUCUUGGAUUUGAACCAGAGGAGCCUGUACAAAUCACCUGUGAUUCCCAGGGCCAGUGGAGAGGCGUACAGCAAUGCACAGAAGUAACUUGUCAGUUUGAGUCAACCAUACCGGGAGUAAAAAGGAUUAACCCAGAGGGAAAAACUGUUUUCAAAGUUGGAGAAAGCGUGGAGAUCAUCUGCUCUGAAAAAAACUUAUUUUUUACAAAAGAAACCAGCAAAUCAUUUACAUGCCAAAUUAAUGGAAAGUGGGACAGUAAACCUGUUUGUGAGAUUACAUGUGAAGUUCCACGUGACCAGCGUGUGAGUGGCCCGGAAUAUUCCUUCAGUGGAGAUAUGAAAUUAGGAGCAAAGAGAUCGUACAGUUGUGAGUCUGGAUAUCGUGAAACAGCAGAAGAGGCCACAUGCACACGAGACGGAUGGACACCAAAACCACUGUGUGCUGAAAUGUGUGCAGCACCUAACAUCCCAAAUGCAGACAUUGUUCGAGGUCAGAGCCAAAAAUACGGAGUCAAUUCAAUAAUAGUAUUUAAAUGUCAUCCUGGAUUUGAACCAGAGGAGCUUUUUGAAAUCAUCUGUGAUUACCAGGGCCAGUGGACAGGCUUACAUCAGCAAUGCGCAAAGUCUUGCCGUGAUCUAUCUGUGACAAAUGGCUUCACAGGCAGCCAAUCCUCCAACAAGGAAGCAAUCUUUUACUCCUGCAACACGGGUUAUAAACCAUUCACUGGAAACUGGUGGGAUUCAGUGACAUGCAGCAAAGGAUCUUGGUCUGACGAGCCUCGCUGCAUCCGAGAGGAAGAAUGUGGUGCUCUUCCUAGUGUUCACCAUGGAAAACUAAAGCAAACCCGUCGUGAUCGAGAAACUGCUGAAGUGGAAUGUGAUCCAGGGUUCAUAUCAACUGAACCCUUCAUAAAAUGCACCAAUGGUAGAUGGGAGACACCAGUGUGUAAGGAGGAUGUGCGUUGUGGCAUUCCUCCAAAUGUGGAAAAUGCAGUCAUAACAUCUAAACCUGAAGAAUUUUAUCCUGAUGGAUCUAGCUUAACAUACAUAUGUCGAAGCUCAUACUUUAUCAGUGGAGAAAGAACAGUUUCCUGUCACAAUGGAACAUGGGGAAAAACACCAACAUGUCAAGAUGAAGGUCAGAUCCCCACUUGUGGACCACCACCAGACGUGAACGAUGCAGAUACAAUAGAAAUAACAAGAAAAGAAUACAAUACAGGGGAGAGAGUUGAAUACAGCUGCUUUAAUAAAUUCACUUUGGAUCUGCGUCAAUCUUUCUCCAAAUACUUGACCUGUGAGCAAGGAGAAUGGAGAGGGAAGAUUAGGUGUUUAAAGCCCUGUACAGUGACGGUGGAGGAAAUGGAUAGAAGAGGUAUAGAGUUGGCCCAUGUUAAUCGGCAAAAGAUGUUCGCACCACAUGAUGAUCACAUCAACUUUAUGUGUAAGAGGGGCAAAGUUUCAGUAGGUUCUGCCCUAAGACAACAGUGUAAUGAUGGAGUGAUGGCUUUACCUGAGUGUGUGAGACAGUGAGAGUAAAACAUUGUUGAAGCAACAAAAAUAAAUGUAGCAAAUAAAAAAAUAUUGUUCCCAAUUCAA